AAAAAAAAAAAAAAAAAAAAAAAGGCCAAAAAAAAGAACAAAAAAAAGAACAAAAAGGCAGCCAUCCCCUGUUCCGUUCAACUUAAUUCCUUAUUCAUCUCUAUCCAAGAUUAAAGACUUUUUUAGCUAGAGAUGUCCCUGGAGGAAGCUGGUUCAACCAAGAGAACCAGAGCAUCUGGAGAGGUAUUGGAAUACCUUAUCCGAGAGUUUCAUCAGAAUCAAAAUCCAUCACCAGAAGUCAGAAAAGAGAUCAGUGAACGAACGAAUAUGAGUGAAAAAGCAGUUAGGAUCUGGUUUCAAAAUAGAAGAGCCAAGGCCAGAAAAGUUGAGAAGUAUGAACGGAACAGUUCAAUGUCCGGGCCGUCAAGUAAAAAAAUCGGAGCCAUUAAGAAUAAUGGCAGUAUCCAUAGUUCAAGAUCCAAUAGCUUAAGUUUACAAGAUAUCCAACUGCAAAUGAGUCCAAAUAAUUUAUAUUUGAAUCAAUAUAUUAACCAAUUACCAAUUGAAAUUAAUGAAAAAUAUUGUUUUAUUGAUAUUCAAUCAUUAUCGGUAGGAUCAUGGCAAAGAAUUAAAACCGGAUACCACGAAGAAAACAUUUUGAAAAACAAUUUGAUCAACUUAUCACCAUUUACCCUCAAUAAUAUCAUGAAUAACGUUGACUUGUUGGUUAUACUACUGAAAAAAAAUUUGGAAAUUAAUUAUUUUUUCAGUGCGAUUUCAAAUAAUUCCAAAAUUUUAUUUCGAAUUUUUUAUCCAAUUGAUUCAAUUUUAACUUGUUCUUUAUUAGAUAAUAACUUGGAUAAAGAAAAUAAUGAAUUGAGAUUAAGUUUAAGUCAUAGUCCUAAGUUUUCGGUUUAUUUUUUCAAUGGAGUUAAUUCAAAUUCAAAUCAAUGGUCGCUUUGUGAAGAUUUUAGUGAAAAUCAACAAGUUAGUGCUGCUCACUCUUUUGAUGCUGAACAAAAUAAUAUUAUCCCCCAUGUUUUGGUUGGAGUGAAGAAUUCUUUGGAAUAUUUAAAUAAUUUUAUUUUAGAAAAUAAUCACUCCCAACAUCAUCCAUUAUCAAAAAUCACUACUGGUAGUAAUUACCCAAUUGAUGGAGAAUCUCUUAAUUAUAGAUUGAAAGGUUUAUCUCCUUUAGGAGAUUUUGAUUCUGAUAAUUCUCCAAAUUCAAUUACUUCAAAUAAUAGUCAUCAAAUUAAUCAUGAAACUUCCACAAUUAAAAACUCCUUCUACUGCUCCAACUUCAACUUCAAUUAAUAAUCUUGAUUCAAAUUAUGAUGAUAUUUUUAAUUCAAAUACUCCAGAUUUUUUUUCAACAGUUCAAACUCCAACUUCUACCAUCAUGAAUUAUACUAAAACUUUCCCAAAUAAUCCUCCUUCUUCCACUACUGGUAGUACCUCCGGAUUAAUCGACUCAAACUUAAUUAAUUCUCCUUCAACAAAUAUUAAUUCUUACACUCAUAUUAAUGACCCUCCAAAUGAUCAAUUAUUAGAAAAUGAUAAUAACAAUAAUUUCUCCCUAAAUGAUCAAUUACACCAUACCGCUUUUGAUUUAUCUCUACAUAAUAAUGAUUUAGAUAAUUCAAAUCAAAAUCAAAACUUUAAUUUGGACGGGUUUGGUAUAACUAGUCCUGGCUCAAAUAAUGAUGCUAGCACUAAUGGUAAUACUCAAGUUGACAGUUUUAUUGAUUUUAAUUCUCAUUAC